GGCGGUGCUAGUGGUGCCCAAGCAGCAGGGCCUUGCCUUUGUGGUUGUAGAAAGAGAAGAUGGCUCCCGUUCUGGAGAAACAGCUCCCGGGCGCAGCCGGGGCAGGCGACAAUAACAACGAAGAGGAAGAAGGACAAAACCUUUGGACCUCAAUACUGAGUGAAGUUUCGACUAGAUCGAGUUCAAAGUUGCCAUCAGGAAAAAACAUCCUGAUAUUUGGUGAGGAUGGAUCAGGAAAAACAUCACUUAUGGCCAAACUUCAAGGAGUUGAACACAACAAGAGAGGGAGAGGACUGGAGUAUCUGUACUUAAACGUCAACGAUGAAGACAGAGAUGACCUCACUCGCUGUAAUGUGUGGAUCCUGGAUGGAGACCUAUACCACAAAGGCCUACUUAAGUUUGCCAUUUCAGCUCAGUCACUACCCGACUGUCUAGCUAUGUUCGUUGCGGAUAUGUCACGGCCCUGGACCAUUAUGGAGUCACUGCAGAAGUGGGCCAGUGUUCUACGUGACCAUGUGGACAAGCUCAAGAUCCCUCCAGAGGACAUGAGAGAAAUGGAGCAGAAGAUGGUGAAAGCGUUCCAAGAGUACACAGAACCGGAGGAUGCCAACUCAUCCUCCCCACAGAGACGGGCCCCGACAGCAGGGGAAGACGAGGCCGUUGUGCUACCACUUGGGGACAACACACUCACACACAACCUGGGCAUUCCAGUGCUAAUAGUUUGCACAAAGUGUGACGCGGUCAGCGUACUAGAGAAGGAGCACGACUACAGAGAGGAGCACUUUGAUUUCAUCCAGUCGCACAUGAGGCAGUUUUGCUUACAGUAUGGAGCUGGCCUGAUCUAUACUUCAGUCAAAGAGGAGAAGAACCUGGAUCUGCUUUACAAAUAUAUAUUGCAUAAGAUGUAUGACUUCCAGUUCACCACACCUGCCUUAGUGGUGGAGAAGGAUGCAGUGUUCAUUCCAUCUGGAUGGGAUAAUGAGAAGAAAAUUGCGAUUUUGCAUGAAAACCUAACAACAGUCAGAGCCGAGGAUCCAUUUGAAGAUUUUAUCACAAAGCCUCCAGUACGAAAGCUGGUUCAUGACAAAGAGAUAAAUGCAGAGGAUGAGCAGGUAUUCCUGAUGAAGCAACAGUCUUUGUUAGCAAAGCAGCCAGCCACAUCAACAAGAGGAGCAACAGAGUCUCCAGGACGGACAGCCUCAGGGUCACCCAGGCCUGCGGGUCGCGCCGGCCAACCAAAUGUGACCAGCAGCUCACCAAUGGCUGCUGUCAAAAAGCCUGACCCCAACAUGAAAGCAGGGGCUGCCAAUGAGGGAGUGCUGGCUAACUUCUUCAACAGUCUGUUGAGUAAAAAGACUGGAGCCCCAGGGAGCCCAGGAAGUGGAGCAGUUGGAGCUGGAGUUCAAGGGUCCGCCAAGAAAACAGGGCAGAAGCCGGGUUUGACUGACGUCCAGGCGGAGUUGGACAGGAUGACUCGCAAACAAGACUCCAUGGUUUCAGCUAACAACAUACCACCGCCGACUGAGAACGAAGCGUGAAGGCAACGAAAACAGCUGCAUCGUCCACUGCGUUAAUACUCUGGAAAUAUACAUGUACAUGUGAGCAUAAAAAAAAAUUGACCAAAUUCCCAAUGUCUAUAUCAGUCAGCACACACAGUGGUUUCACCAAAAUGAGUUUCAGAUGCUAUCACAUAUUUUGGUGUUGUGGUGAGAUGGGAAGAGAGAGAUAACAGAGAUGGAGGUGUUGAUAAGAUAAGUGCUGAAGGCUUGGCUUUAUUUCUGUCCUCUCUUCCACUGCAAAUGCUAUUUUGUGAGGGAUGUCAGUUUAUGGAAAUGUGUGCACACUCCCUGGCAGCCAGCCUGAUGUGCUGCGCUGCAGGCCCCCCAGUUUCUGGGGUAAAACACCGUCUCCUCAUGGGUUUAAAGAGUGGAAAUAUACUGGUCGUGUCCUCUGGUUCAUCUUAUCUCAUGGAAGGAAUUUGGUCGGAAUUGGAAAGGUAUUUAAACUUUAAAUAUAUUCAUUGAGAAAAGUAAUUAAAAUACUUGCAAACAUACAGUAUGUAGUAUGUAAAAAAAUGUUGGAUACGAUACUGAUGUAUUUAUACAAAGCUUCGCCUUUUUAUUUUAUUUUGUGCACCAUCUUUCGGUUUGUGGAAAACAUUCAUCUGUAUCGCAUAACAUGUUAAAAUGCCACUGACGUCAUGACACUACUACGACAAGUCCAGAUAGCUGAUAGCAUAUCAUACCAUUUGCCCUAUUCAUCUCGAAGGAUUCUGUAAAUAUAAAUACAAGGAAAUCUAUUCAGGUUAACUUUGAUUUUGUAUAAAAUGCAAUUCUGUCCAAAAUCUGAAAAUAGCUUCUUUGACGUAAUGAGACCGGUUGGGAUUUGACGGGCGUAGAGGUUGCAACGGAAUCGCUUCUUUAGCUACAGGUGUGUAUAUUUGGGGAUGGGUUUGGGCAGCAUCUUUCCUACUAUAACUCCUAAGUGCCUCGCACAGUUAGCUGUUUGUGUCAUAGUAGAGGUGCUUGUCUACGUAAGAGGAAAUGCACUGUAGCACCAUCGGUUUAAAGUUGGUUUUUUUUUGGUCCAUUUCUUGUCAUCCAAAUAAUUUAUUUCGUUUUACAUUUUUGUUAAUGUACAACAAGCCUGUGGUCUGUAUUUUUUUUUUUUUUUUUUCAGAAAUAAGAUUUCUGUGGCCUAGUUAAUAGUGUUCAAUAGAGCAAUAGAUUGAAUGCCUUUAUACAAACCUUUAAAGGCUGCUGAUAUUAAGAAGAAAACCACAUGACGGAACUUUUGGGUCCCGCAGACGAACACUCACUGUGGCUGAAACCACUCGCUUUGCAGCCAAAAGACACAACGAUUUGCUGUGGUUUGAACAAAAUGAGAUAUUAUAUCCGUCAGUGUUUGACAGCACUGUCCUCCUUUUUUGGUUUCACAUGUUUUAUUCACACUGUACUUUGCAUGUCAGUUAAAACAUUCCCAGUUUCUACAUGAAGUAGCUGUAGAAACACACCCCUGUAGUGAAACCUGUUUGUCCAGUCAAGGCUUUUUUUGUUUUGUUUGUUAGAUCUCCUUCAGUGCCCAUUUAAAAAACCACAACCUUUGCCUUCAAUGUACAGCUAACAGUUUGUCACACUGGGCACCCUGCCUUCACAGGAAUGCUCCUAACUCAUAUGUGUGUCCUUAAGGGGUUGCUUAAUUGUGUUGUCAUUUCUCUUUUUUUAUUUUUUAUUUUUUAAUUGAAACCAUUAUACUGUACCAUAUCAAAUAAUCUGUAACAAUAUUUAUGGUUUCAUGACACCGUAAACUAAUCAAAAAUGAAUUAAGUGUACAUUAUCAUUGAACCUGUAUGCAAGGCCCUACUUAAUCUUAUGGAUAGUGUACGUCAGUAGCUUUCACAGAAUUAAUGGCACGUGUGAAGAGAGCAGCUAUUUGCUAUUCAGAUAAUAGCAAAAAAGGAAAAUGAGUGAAUUGGGACAUGUAACCAAAGAUACAUAUUAGUCACUAUUUUCUGCUUUUAUAGUUGAUAAUCAUCCAUAAGAUUAACCAGUGGCCGUUUUUGUCCCACUCUUGCAUGGAGCCCUUGCAUUCCAAACUUCAGACCUGCCUAUGAACUCUUGUUUUAAAUAACACCCUGUAAAAACAGUAGAAAUGCCUUAUUCUACUCAUCCAUAUCAGUCAAACUGUGCACAGUAGAUUAUGGUUCAUUCUUGAAACUGGUCUAAACAAUGCAAUUAGGGCUUAACUUUAAAUUUACUCUGUAAGGGAAUAACCACAAAACCAGGUUCUGCUUUACGCAUGAUUUGUCAUCAGAAUGAUCCCACACAACUGUUCUAUUACGUUAGAUCAAAAUGAAGCUCUUAUUGUUUUUAUUUUUCCUUUUACUUUUGCUUUUCUUGUGACUGGGUGGAAUGUGCACCGGAGGGUCUGUCGCUGAAGUGGAUGAAGCACAAUUUUAAGAACAGCCAGGAGCAUUACCGCCACAUGUUGAAAUAAGCACUUUUCCUUGGACACUUGUAUCAAUUCCCUGUCGCUACAGUUAAAGAAGCAGAAUGCUUAUUUUUCUUUUUGCCUUGCCUUUUUUUUUUUAGAGCAUUUAGUAAUGAACCUAGAAGUUAAUCUACAGCGUAAAUCUGCAUUAUUUAUCUGCAUUUGCUGCUUAAGUUAUGGAAGGUGCCCCUGGUGGUUAACUAUGGAAUGACUGCUUCCUGCUGGUGAUAGUGUAAAUUUAAUCAAGCAUUUAGGAAACAUUGUCAUUACGACUUUAUUUGGAUAUUUUUUGGGGACAUUUUGAAGUAGAUAAACCAAAUAAAUGUCCAUUGAUUUUCAGGUUUGACCUUUUAUGCCCAUGAAACGUCCCUUUGUUUAUGUUUACAUCCAAAUUAGGCAUGUUGUGUUUGUGUUUUAGACACAGAAUUUUGAAAUGCCACCCUGACCUGACUGACCACACUGAUAUCUCCUCAUAAAACAUGGCCCCACAUGUUAAAUUUGGCAUUUAGCUGAGUGGAAUGAAGUGCUCUCAUGCUGCUUGGUUUCAAAGUUGCACUCGCUCUUUGUAAAAGGUUGGAUGUUGCUCCCAAGAUUGAAUAAUGAACAGUUGUUGUAACUUUUAUACUCAGAUGUCAGUUGAAAGCAACUGCCUCCUCACAUCCUCUUAACUGAAUUGCCUUCGACCACUAUUGACAGUCUACAUCUAUGUGAGACUAUGAGCUUCUGCUUCCAGUCCUUUUGUAUUCAGGAUAUCAAGACAUUGUAAGCACAUGGCUGGCUGCAUUUUUAUUUUGUGUCCUGAAUUAAUUCAGAAGUUUGAUUGUAUAACUUUAACACAACUCUGUAGCCUUUAAGCUGCCAUGUGGAUUCUCGCUUCUUACGCCGACAAAGAUAAGGAAAAUGUUUAUCAGACCCCUGGCUUCAAUAAAACCAAGAAUCCAAACUGUG